AUGGGCCCUUCAGCAAAGCAAUGCCAAACGGUGCUCCCAUGCGGUGGCCUCUACAAUCUUACUAUUACAAGCAACACAUCGGUAAUGGAGGGAUAUCGAUGUGGCUCUACAGAAAGGAGCGGCGUGGACGACAGGGAUGAGCUCCUAUCGAUCGAAAUUGGGGGCAUUAAUUGUAACGCUAACCCUGCUUUCGAUCUGUAUAUCUCUGAAAACACAACAGUGAUCGACGGAUACCGUUGCGGACUGGAUAGCACGAACUAUACAGAAUAUUCUCAAUGUUCAAAUACCAAGGAAAACGGAGCCAGCAACCUGUCGCCACGUUGGACUCAUAUCUUUGUUUUUGUCAGUCUUUUCGCGUAUCUUUUUGGGUGA